CCCGCUGUUUCCAGGGAGACCUUGGACCUCCGGAGACAGCUUUGCCACGAAAGCCGCUUUGCCACGGGCUGCCACGCUGUGCCUGGGGGGGCUUGCUGGGCCGGCACACUUCCGUGGGUGGCCCUAUCAGCCCAGCUGUCCCCGCGCCGUCGGCUGCCGCCCCGCGCGCCUCUCCCACCGCCCUGCGCCGCGCUCGGCCCGGCAGAACCCCCCGCUCCCGGCUCGGCCCCGACCCUGCUGCCAGGGCUGCGGCUCCAUGAGACAUUGCCAUGGCGUUUUCAUCCCGGUUUGCGUUCUGGGAGCAAAAGGUCAAGGACGAGGACAAAUCCUUAGCUGUGAAAAGACCCGGGAAGGAGGAUGGGGCUUCAGAGACCCCCAAGGAUGCAGCAUCUGCACCCCCGAAUCCUGAGCCCCCGACUCCUGAGCCCCCGAAGAGCCCCGAGCCACCCCCUGGGCAAGGGAAGAGCCCGGAGCCCGUGAUGAACGGGGCGGCCGUGAAUGGGCUGGAGGGUCCGGCCACCGAGGCGCAGGGGGACGAUGGCCAGGGGCUGUCCCGCCGCAGGGUGGUCCGGGUGGUGCGCAAGGUGGUCCGCAAAGUCCUGCCGGGGGAGGACGCCGGCGGCACCAAGGAGCCUGGGCGAGACUCCAAGUCUCCCGAGCCAGUGCCGCCCCCCAGGAAGGAGGAGACGGGCCGUCCUGCUGUCCCGGCUCCCCCGGCCCCGCCGCCUCCUCCCACCAUUCCGGCAGCACCCACCAAACCAGAGCCCAAGGAUGAGAUCUCAGCAGGGCUCAAAACCCUCAUGGCGAAAGGCAAAACUAAAGAGCACCGGCCACGGCUCCGGCCAGGGGACAAGAGGGAGGAGAAGUCCCCCGAGCCAGCCGGGGGGGACGCGAAGCCGUCCCUGUCCCCAGGCGCCGAAGCCAAGCCGGAGCCCCCGGCGCAGCCUUCGGGAGGGAAAGCGGAGCCCACAAAGGCACCCGCUCCGAAACCCACCGCCCUGGAGAGGCACAAGAAGCUGCAGCCCGGUGAGAAGCGGCCGACCCCCACGAAAACUGCCCCGGCACCCCCCCAGCAGGCUGCCCCCGGCCCCGCAUCCCAGCUGAGCCCGUCGGAGGAGGCACAGCGCCGGCUGGAGAGGAUCUUCACCGCUUCUCUGGACCCCGCCGCCCCCGCCUCGGCACCCAGCCAGGUAUCGUACCCCCGUCCUCAGGAGCCCUCUGCCUCCGCCAGCGACCCCCCGCCAUCCAUCUGGGCUGGUGUCUGCGCCCGCGCCUCGUGCUGGAGCGGUCAAGCGGACGAUGCCCCGGCAGCCCCCUUUGGCCCCGUCCCUGCUGCAGCUCAGGCCAAGACAGAGGAGCAGAUAGCAGCUGAGGAGGCCUGGUAUGAGACCGAGAAGGUGUGGCUGGUGCACAGGGAUGGGUUCUCCUUGGGCAGCCAACUGCGGCUGGAGGAGGGCAGCCCCCUGCCCGAAGGCAAGGUGAAGGUGAAGCUGGACCACGAUGGAACCGUCCUGGAGGUGGAGGAGGACGACGUGGAGAAGGCGAACCCCCCCUCCUGUGACCGCGCAGAAGACCUUGCCAGCCUCCUCUACCUCAACGAGUCCAGUGUGCUGCACACCCUGCGGCAGCGCUACGGCGGCAACCUCCUGCACACCUACGCUGGCCCCACCAUGGUCAUCAUCAACCCACUGAGCUCCCCUUCCAUGUACUCUGAGAAGGUCAUGCACAUGUUCAAAGGGUGCCGCCGGGAGGACACGUCCCCUCACAUCUACGCGGUGGCCCAGGCCGCCUACCGCAGCAUGCUGAUGAACCGCCAGGACCAGGCCAUCGUGCUGCUGGGCGCCAGCGGCAGCGGCAAAACCACCAACUGCCAGCACCUCGUCCAGUACCUCGCCACCAUCGCCGGCAGCACCGGCAAGGUCUUCUCCGCGGAGAAAUGGCAGGCUCUCUACACCAUCCUGGAGGCUUUUGGCAAUAGCAGCACCGGCAUGAACGGCAACGCCACCCGCUUCUCCCAGAUCAUCUCUCUGGACUUCGACCAGGCUGGGCAGGUGGCAUCCGCCUCCGUACAGACGCUGCUGCUGGAGAAGCUGCGUGUCGCCAAGCGCCCAGCCAACGAGGCCACCUUCAACAUCUUCUACUACCUGCUGGCCUGCUCUGACAGCACCCUGCGGACAGAGCUUCACUUCAACCACCUGGCAGAGAACAACGUCUUUGGCAUCGCACCUCUCUCCAAGCCAGAGGAAAAGCAGAAGGCGACACAGCAGUUCAACAAACUCCAGGCUGCCAUGAAGGUCAUGGGCAUCUCCGGCGAUGAGCAGAAAGCCUUCUGGCUCAUCCUGGGGGCCAUUUAUCAUCUGGGGGCCGCUGGGGCCACAAAAGACGCCGACGAAGCUGGGAGGAAGCAGUUUGCACGCCACGAGUGGGCUCAGAAAGCCGCCUACCUGCUGGGCUGCAGCCUGGAGGAGCUCUCCUCCUCCAUCUUCAAGCACCAGCCCAAGGGCACCCUGCAGCGAUCCACCUCCUUCCGGCAGGGCCCCGAUGAACCUCCCCUGGGCGACGGCAGCACAGGUAGGGUGAGGGACAGUGGGGACAACGGGUGGCCCCGGGGGACAACGGGCUGGGAACGCUCAGGGUUGCCUUGGCCAGGUCCCAAACUGACGGCGCUGGAGUGCCUGGAGGGCAUGGCGGCCGGCUUGUACUCCGAGCUCUUCACCCUCCUCAUCUCCCUACUCAACAGGGCGCUGAAGUCAAGCCAGCACUCGGUGUGCUCCGUGACGGUGGUGGACACCCCCGGGGCACAAAACCCCGAGCUGGCGGGGCAGAGCCGGGGGGCUACCUUCGAGGAGCUCUGCCACAACUACGCCCAAGAGCGUCUGCAGCUCCUCUUCCACCAGCGCACCUUUGCCCGUGAGCUGGAGCGCUACAAGGAGGAGAACAUAGAGCUCGCCCUGGCUGACGCUGAGCCCGGCUCCUCUGACUCUGUAGCUGCUGUAGACCAGUCCUCACACCAGGCACUGGUCCGGUCGCUGGCCCGCACGGACGAGGCGCGGGGGCUGCUGUGGCUGCUGGAGGAGGAGGCACUGCAGCCGGGUGGUAACGAGGACACCUUGCUGGAGCGGCUCUUCUCUUACUACGGCCCCCAGGAAGGGGGCAAGAAAGGGCACAACCCACUGCUCCCCAGUGACAAGCCGCGACACUUCCUCCUGGGUCACAGCUCAGGGACCAACUGGGUGGAGUACGAUGCCACGGGUUGGCUCAACCACGUCAAGCACAACCCGGCCUCCCAAAACGCCUCCGUCCUGCUGCAGGAGUCGCAGAAGAAGGUCAUCAGCAGCCUGUUUGCCGGCCGCGGUGGGUCGGCGCUGGUGCUGUCGGGCUCAGUGGCAGGGCUGGAGGGGGGCUCUCAGCUGGCCCUGCGCCGGGCCACCAGCAUGCGCAAGACCUUCACAACCGGGGUGGCCGCUGUCAAGAAGAAGUCCCUCUGCAUCCAGAUCAAGCUGCAAGUGGACGCCCUCAUCGACAGCAUCAAGAAGUCCAAGCUCCACUUCGUGCACUGCUUCCUGCCCAAGGCGGCGGGGGGCGGCGGGGACCCCCGGGCUCUGCCGUGCCGGCGGGUGAGCGGCAGCGAGCUGGAGCUGCCGGCGGAGCACUGCGAGGCCGGGCUCAUGCAGCUGGACGUGCCCCUCCUGCGUGCCCAGCUCCGCGGCUCCCGAUUGCUCGAUGCCCUCCGCAUGUACCGCCAAGGGUACCCCGACCACAUGGUGUUUGCGGAGUUCAGGCGGCGCUUUGACGUCCUGGCCCCACACCUGACCAAGAAGCACGGGCGCAACUACAUCGUGGUGGACGAGAAGCGGGCGGUGGAGGAGCUCCUGGAGUCACUGGACCUGGAGAAGAGCAGCUACCACAUGGGCUUGAGCCGGGUGUUUUUCCGGGCCGGGUCGCUGGCCAGGCUGGAGGAGCAGCGGGACGCACAGACCAGCAGGAACAUCACCCUUUUCCAGGCGGCGUGCAGGGGCUUCCUGGCACGGCAGCAGUUCAAGAAGAGGAAGAUCCAGGAUUUGGCCAUCCGGUGCGUGCAGAAGAACAUCAAGAAGAACAAGGGGGUGAAGGGCUGGCCCUGGUGGAAGCUCUUCACCACCGUGCGGCCCCUCAUCGAGGUGCAGCUCACCGAGGACCAGAUCCGUGGCAAAGACGAAGAGAUCCAGCAGCUGAAGAGCAAACUCGAGAAGGUGGAGAAAGAGCGUAACGAGCUCCGGCUCAACAGCGACCGCCUGGAGAGCAGGAUCACGGAGCUGACAUCGGAGCUGACGGACGAGCGAAACACCGGCGAGUCAGCCUCCCAGCUGCUGGACGCUGAGACGGCGGAGAGGCUGCGGGCUGAGAAGGAGAUGAAGGACCUGCAGGCCAAGUACGAUGCUCUGAAGAAGCAGAUGGAGUCGAUGGAGAUGGAGGUGAUGGAGGCUCGGCUCAUCCGGGCGGCCGAGCUCAACGGGGAGCUCGAUGACGAUGAUUCGGGAGGCGAAUGGCGGCUGAAAUACGAGCGGGCAGUACGGGAGAUCGACUUCACCAAGAAACGGUUGCAGCAGGAGCUGGAGGACAAGCUGGAAGUGGAGCAGCAGGGCAAGAGGCAGCUGGAGCGGAGGCUGACGGACCUGCAGGCAGACAGCGAGGAGAGCCAGCGGGCGCUACAGCAGCUGAAGAAGAAGUGCCAGCGCCUGGCUGCGGAGCUGCAGGACACCAAGCUGCACCUCGAGGGUCAGCAAGGACGCAACCACGACCUGGAGAAGAAGCAGCGGAGGUUCGACAGCGAGCUCUCGCAGGCACACGAGGAGGCGCAGAGGGAGAGGCUGCAGCGGGAGAAGCUCAGUCGCGAGAAGGACGUGCUGGUGGCCGAGGUCUUCGGCCUCAAGCAGCUGCUGGAGGAUAAGGAUUUGGACAUCGCGGGGCUGACGCAGAAGGCAGAGGCGCUGGAGGCCGAGCUGCAGGACCUCUCCUCCCAGGAGUCGAAGGACGAGGCCUCCCUGGCCAAGAUGAAGAAGCAGCUGAGGGACCUGGAGGCGAAGGUCAAAGACCAGGAGGAGGAACUGGAUGAGCAGGCUGGGACCAUCCAGAUGCUGGAGCAGGCCAAGCUGCGGCUGGAGAUGGAGAUGGAGCGGCUGCGACAGACCCACGCCAAGGAGGUGGAGAGCCGCGACGAGGAGGUGGAGGAGAUUCGGCAGUCGUGCCAGAAGAAGCUGAAGCAGAUGGAGGUGCAGCUGGAGGAGGAGUACGAGGACAAGCAGAAGGUGCUGAGAGAGAAACGGGAGCUGGAGAGCAAGUUAUCAGCCGUCAGUGAGCAGGCCAACCAGCGGGACUUCGAGACGGAGAAGCGCCUGCGCCGCGACCUGAAGAGGACGAAGGCACUUCUGGCCGAUGCGCAGAUCAUGCUGGACCACCUGAAGAACAACGCGCCCAGCAAGAGGGAGAUCACCCAGCUCAAGAACCAGCUGGAGGAGUCAGAGUUCACCUGCGCGGCCGCCGUGAAGGCCCGCAAGUCGAUGGAGGUGGAGAUUGAAGACCUGCAUCUGCAGAUCGAUGACCUUGCCAAGGCCAAGUCAGCGCUGGAGGAGCAGCUGAGCCGGCUGCAGCGGGAGAAGAAUGAAGUGCAGAGUCGGCUGGAGGAGGACCAGGAGGACAUGAAUGAGCUGAUGAAGAAGCACAAGGCGGCUGUGGCCCAGGCAUCCAGGGACCUGGCGCAGAUGAAUGACCUCCAGGCACAGCUGGAGGAGGUCAACAAGGAGAAACAGGAGCUGCAGGAGAAGCUCCAAGGCCUGCAGAGCCAGCUGGAAUUCCUGGAGCAAUCCAUGGUGGACAAGUCGCUGGUAAGCCGGCAAGAGGCCAAGAUCCGGGAGCUGGAGACCAGGCUGGAGUUCGAGCGGACGCAAGUCAAGCGCCUGGAGAGCCUGGCCACGCGGCUGAAGGAGAACAUGGAGAAGCUGACGGAGGAACGGGAUCAGCGCGCGGCCGCCGAGAACCGGGAGAAGGAGCAGAACAAGCGGCUGCAGCGGCAGCUCCGUGACGUCAAGGAGGAGAUGGGCGAGCUGGCCAAGAAGGAGGCAGAGGCCAGCCGCAAGAAACACGAGCUGGAGAUGGACCUGGAGAGCCUGGAAGCUGCCAACCAGAGCCUGCAGUCGGACCUGAAGCUGGCCUUCAAGCGCAUCGGGGACCUGCAGGCGGCCAUCGAGGAUGAGAUGGAGAGUGACAGCAAUGAGGACCUCAUCAACAGUUUGCAGGACAUGGUGGCAAAGUAUCAGAAAAGAAAGAGUAAACUUGACGGCGACUCGGAUGUGGACUCGGAGCUGGAGGAGCGUGUGGACGGGGUGAAGUCCUGGCUCUCCAAGAACAAAGGUUCCUCCAAAGCGCUCUCGGAUGACGGCAGCUUGAAGAGCAGCAGGUCAGCCCCGCCGGACGGUCCCGAGCCCGAGGAGCGACCGGUGUCGGUGUUGAGCUGCCUCAGCUAUAGGAAGCGUCCGGGUCUCAAAGACUCCAUAGGUGGCCGUGGGGAUGAGCAGACGCUUUUCAGCGCGCUCAGCGAGCGGCCACCAUCCCCUGAGCGUCCCGCACGGAGGGCGGCCCGGGGCAGCGAGCCCGAGGACCGGGCGGCCGUCAUCGCCCGCGCCUUCGCCGACGCCAGCGAGCGGGCUCGGCAAGGGUUGGGCAAGCGUUGGUCACUCUCGGCCGCUGAUGGUGAAAAAGCCUCCGUUGCCUCUGCCCCGGUGAGCCGGGCCUCCUCCACCUCCUGGAGGCUGGAGGAUGGGGAGGAGGGGGAUGAGAGAUGCUCGGUGUUGAGCUUCGCCCUCUCCAGCCCCGGGAGCUUGAGGAGCCGGCGUGGGGGACCUGAGGGUCGCCCCGAGUCGCGGCUCUCCCUGGCCCGCAGCCGCCUGGAGGAGGCGGAUGAGGGGUCCCGCGGGCAGCCCCCCCUGGGGCGCAGCUUCUCCGUGCCCCCCCGGCCCCGCAGCGCCGCCUCCGAGGAUGGCAGUCCCAGUGAUGUCCGCCCUGUGGGGCACCGCUCCUACCUCGACCCCGACCUGGAAGCCGCCAUCCAGGAGGUGCUGAGCUACCGCCCACCACGGGCCAGGGGCUGCUCCAGCCCCGAGGCCGACUCAGGGGACGACAGCCGGAGCGUACGGAGCGUGCGGAGCACACGGAGCGCAGCCCCCCUGGGUGCCGCCGACCGCCCCCCCGGCAGCAUCCGUCGCUCCGCGUCCGCCCUCGACUUCUCCCGGCGCUCCAGCCGGCGCCGCAGCAGCUCGGGCUCCUCCGAGGAAGAGGAGGAGCGGAAGAAGAAGAGCGCCAAGAAGCACUCCAAGAAGGCCAAGAAGAAAUCCAAGAAGAAGAAGAAGAAGCAGCAGUCGUCAUCCGACUCGGGUUCCUCCUCCGAUUCAUCCUCCGAUUCUUCCUCCGGAUCCACCAGCUCCUACCGCAGCACCUCCAGUGUCAAGAAGGGCCCACGGGCAGCGGGGGGCGAGGAGCCGGGACGACCCGGCCGGGGCAAAAAAGAGGAGAAACAGCGGAAGAAGCAGGUUGACAGCCUGAUGAUGAAGUACCUGUACCGCCCCGAGAGCGACUGAGGCAGGAGCCCCCCAGGCUCCCGGCACCACUUCGCCUUCGACAGAUGGGACGAGGAGCAGGACACCGGGGAGAGCACACGCCGUUCCUCCCGCAGCUCCCCCAGCGCCAGCGAGGCGGAGAGCCGGGCCGCCGAGACCCCCGCCU